UCCGAGGGUCCGUGAAGGCGCCAGGCUGGGAGCUCAGAGCAGGUGGCAGCCAUGGCUCCAGAAAAUGGACCGGAGUGUAAAACAGAAUCUUCAGAGGAAAGUCCAGAUCUCCAGGAGAAAGCGACGUCCGACUCUGAUUCCACAUACGACGAUGUUUGGGCCCCCGUUGAGCCCCGGAGCCCCAAACGAGCACGGAGAAACGUGUCGGACAAGUGCUACCCUUGCUCCGUCUGCGGCAAGACGUUCGACCGGCCGUCCAAGCUGGAGAGACACAAGCCGGUCCACAGCAGGAAGCCCAAGACCCUCCACCAGUGCCCGUACUGCGACAAGAGCUUCACGCAGCAGGAGAAGCUGCUCCGGCACCAGAAAAACCACGGCAGGACUAACAAGCACCCGUGUCCCGACUGCGGGAAAGUGUUCAACCGGCCGUCCAAGCUGGAGAGGCACAAGCGCACCCAUGAGAAGAAGAAGAAUCCCUGCGCGCCCCACCAGUGCUCCUUCUGCAAGAAGACGUUCAGCAAACUCAACAAACUGGCGCGCCACCAGCGCAUGCACACGGGCGAGAAGCCCUUCACCUGCCCCGUCUGCGGGAAGGGCUUCUCCGAGGCGGGGCACUGCAAGGCCCACGAGAAGACGCACGAGGAGCAGCCGGAGAAGCCCCACUGCUGCUCCGACUGCGGCAUGCGCUUCUUCAAGGCGUCGGAGCUGCGCCGCCACCUGCGCUCCCACACGGGCGAGAAGCCCUUCACCUGCGCGCUGUGCGAGAGCAGCUUCUCGCGCUCGGAGGGCCUGAAGCGGCACAUGCGCAGCCACACGGGCGAGCGGCCGUACAAGUGCGUCAUCUGCGGGAAGGGCUUCUACUCGCGGCAGGACCUGAACACGCACGGCCUCACGCACUCCGGGGAGAAGCCGCACCUCUGCCCCGUCUGCGGCAAGGGCUUCUCGCAGCUGGGCAACAUGAAGGAGCACGAGCAGAACGUCCACAUCAAGUCGGAGAAGUACAUCUGCAACGAGUGCGGCGCCACCUUCACGCGCUACAAGUCCAUGACCAAGCACCAGCGCACGCACACCGGGGAGAGGCCGUACCUGUGCACGACCUGCGGACGCAGGUUUUCCUGGAGCCACUCGCUGAGCCGACACCGGCGGAGUCACGCCCACAGACAGAUGUGUCUGGACGCCUCCAAGGACCCGAGUCCUGAAGGGACGUCCGAAAACCCCGGCAGCUUAAAACAGGCGGAAUCCUCACAAGAAUGCUGAGAGAUCGUAUCCCAGAUGAAGCCUCUUUUCCCUUUCAGGGGUCGUCUCACGUUCCACGUAUUGAUUUAUCAUGUUUGAUACCCUUCCGGGUCGCCUCCUUGUUCUUUUUUGAGCUUUCUCGAGAUACCGAUACCAGUUUUUAUUUCCGAUAGUGAUUCCAAUGUCUCUACUUUUGGGUAUCGGCCAACACUUGUGGCUUUUUACACUAGUACCUACUCAGCCCGACUCGACUCGCCUUGUCCUCAUUUUUUUUCUUUCCGAUACCCAGAUCAGAAGUAGGAGGUUGGAGUCAAGCUGCUGUGACGUAUUUGAUUGUGUAUCUAAAUGAAGAAGACAACAACACUAAAGAUGUAGAACCUGGAGGAGAUUAUCUAUGUACUGCUGGGUCUGUGGCUUGUGUUCGAUAUCAAGUUAAAGGAGCUUGAGGCAGGAUUUAUGAAAAAAAUUCGUAUACGCUUUAAGUUUUCUAGUAAUAAUGUCAGAUGAAGCGUUCCAAACCAAAAAGAAUGAUUCCUCUAGUGUAUCUCUCCGUUGCCUUGAACAGGCUGUGUGCUGCAAAAUGUGCUGCAAUUCCGGGCCGGAAUUUCCCGCGCUGUCCUGCGGAUGUGACGUCAAAUGACGCUGCAUGUGCGUUCUCCCCGUUCUCCCGUGCCGGCUUCACUGUUGGCUGCAGUACCCCCAACGGCCGUCGUGGCGAAGGGUGGCACUAGAGUUUGCAUGUUCUCCCCGUGUUCCCUUGGGUAGAUAAUGGGAGCUACCCUCACAAAAACAUGCACACAGUCCUGGGCUACACAUGCCCCCUCUGGCCAACCGGGGCGCCAGAUGGGGUGGGGAGGAUCCAGCCGGAAUAACGUGAUCCUUCCACGCGCUACGUCCGGCCGGAGAAACCCCACCCUGUCUGGUGAAAAGAUGCGGCCUGCUCACUCCUCAGGUUAAGGAGGAGACCUGAGCUCCCGGGGUUGGUAGAGGAUGGCAAUGCCCAGGACUGUCACUUAGGUAGGAGCACGGGGUGGCAAAAAUGGGAAAAAACCGGGAUAAAAAUAUUUAAAAAAAAAAAAAAAAAGAAAUGAGUGAGAGAAGCUUCAAGCAGCAACACUUUUUUUUUUUAAACACUUUAUUUAUAGCUUUUUCCAUGUAACAGAAUAUAAUAACAAUAACAAAUCAACCCCGCCCACCCACCCCUCACAAGGUCAGAAACAAUAAGUAAAUAAAUAAAUAAAAUGAAAAUAAAUUAAACAGAAUCAACAAACAAAGGUAAACACAUUAUAUCUGUAUGUAGAUAUGCCCUCACACACACUUUGAUAGACUUAUAUUUUGGAUUGAAAGCAUGACGGGGACACUCUCUGUCGUGCGCACAGAUCCAGCUGGUCACUUCAUAUGCAGCAUGUUAGGAUAGUAUCAAGUAAGAGAUAUGUUCUCAAUGAAUUCUAUGAAGGGAGUCCAGACUUGAAUAAAUCUGUCCUUACGACCAGAGUUAUUAUCGUUCACGAAAACUAACGAAAUAACGAAAACUAAAAUUGAAAAAACAAUUUCGUUAAAGGAGCUUGAGGCAGGAUUUAUGAAAAAAAUUCAUAUACGUUUUAAGUUUUCUAGUAAUAAUGUCAGAUGAAGCGUUCCAAACCAAAAAGAAUGAGCCCUCUAGUGUAUUUCUCCGUUGCCUUGAACAGGCUGUGUGCUGCAAAAUGUGCUGCAAUUCGGAGGCCGAAUUUCCUGCGCUGUCCUGCGGAUGUGACGUCACAUGACGCUGCAUGCGCUUUCUCCCCGUUCUCCCGUGCCGGCUUCGCUGUUGGCUGCAGUACCCCCGACGGCUGUCGUGGAGAAGGGUGGCGCUAAUGAGUCUCAUUUCUUAAAGGAGCCGUCUGUAAGAAAUGUCCAAAACUGGUACUGCAGUCACUUUCAAAAUAUUGUUGAGCGGCGUGUUCCCUCCCCCUCCUCCCCCCGACCAGAGGUUGCCAGGUAGGCUGCAGAAUGCAGCAGGAACGUAGGCUGCCAUGGCUGCGAUAAUUAGAGCCGAGCUGGCAACCCGGAUGCCGAAACAUUACUGACUUGGUGAUUGGGAGAUAGGUGGAGGGUGGAGCUUCAGAAACAAUACUGACUUGGUGAUUGGGAGAUAGGUGGAGGGUGGAGCUUCAGAAACAAUACUGACUUGGUGAUUGGGAGAUAGGUGGAGGGUGGAGCUUCAGAAACAAUACUGACUUGGUGAUUGGGAGAUAGGUGGAGGGUGGAGCUUCAGAAACAAUACUGACUUGGUGAUUGGGAGAUAGGUGGAGGGUGGAGCUUCAGAAACAAUACUGACUUGGUGAUUGGGAGAUAGGUGGAGGGUGGAGCUUCAGGCCAAAACAAAAAAUGACAACAUAAACAUCAGUUGAGGGCUGCAACUCCUCUUUUUAAACUGGAAUAUCCUGGCUUGAGUGCUGUUGUCAGUGACAUAAGUAUUUGAAAUGAACAUGAUUUUUAAAUGUCUGUUGACAUAUCGGGGUCAUUUUAUGAUUGGUUUUAUUAUUGCUCUUACAUACUCCUUUAACUGAACUAAAUAAAAACGAAAAUUAAAAGACAAAAACGAUAACUAACUGAAAUUAUAUUGCGUGUUUAGAAAACUAACUAAAACGAAAUGAAAUUAUUGAUAUAAUUUCCUCCGUUUUCGUCCCUGUCAAUAUAAGCCUCUUGGUAUGAUCAAUUUAUUCCGCUCUGGCCGUUUAUCUCCAACUGGCAGCUACGGCACCUUAGCGCCUCAUGGUCCGUGACGUCAAAACUAAAACUAAAACUAAAACUAAACUAAAACUAAGCAUUUUUGAAAAUAUAAAAACUAAUAAAAACUAGCAAACCCACACUAAAAACGAAUUCAAACUAACUGAAUUGAAGGAGAAAAAGUCAAAACGAAAUAAAACUAAACUAAAAUGAAAAAUUCAAAACUAUUAUAACCCUGCUUACGACCACUAUUGACUAUAUUUCAGCUUCUCUAGUGGGAUCAUAGAAAGCACCUCCUUAACCCAGUGUUUAAAUGAGGGCGGUGUAGCCGAACCUCCACUGCAUAAGAAUUAGCCUCCGAGCCAUCAGUGUUAAGAAAGCUAUGGCAUUUAACUGCAAGAUAGUAAAUUGUGCGUCUCAGGGUGUUGUUCCAAAAACAGCGAUUACAGGAUCAACGUUGACACCCCGUAUGUGAGAUAUAGCCUCGAAAAGUUUUGUCCAGAAGCUGUUCAGAGACCUGCAUGACCGCAGCAAAACUUUUUAAUUUUCUUUUUUUGUCUCGGCGCUGCUGAAAAGUCCGUUGGAGCCGCGAGCAGCUAUGAAGUGACAGAGCUCCUGGUAGAUCUGGUCAUUCCUUAUCUCCUCUAGAUCCCUUUUUAAUUCUCUCCUCAGCACCAGGUUUAUGAACAUCUGCACCUCAGAGUGCGAUCACCAAACAGACUUCUGCUGUCGUUGCUGCUCGAAUAAAAUGAACAAGAAUCCGCCGUCAGAGUGGCUCUUUCUCUGAUGUCACAUCCUGACUCAGACGUCUGACUCCAACCCCCCGACCAAUCGGUGGCCUGUAGUGUGAUAACGUCAGAUACAGCCGACUCAGCCGCUUAGAACCUCGGCAGAGUAGUUACAGAAAAGUAUCUACUCGGCACGUUAGACCCCUAGUGGGAAAGAACCAAACUGAGGCGAGUCGAGUCGGGAUGAGCAGGUACUAGUGGAAAAGCGCCAUUAGAACUUUUCUGAUAUUUGAUUUACUGAUUCUUUUUGUCGGAGAAGAAUUUUUUGUUUUUUUUAAAUACCUGAUCACAGUUUGGUCCUCAAGGACGAGGAAUUAUGCCAUUUUAUCUGCCAUCGUUCUUGUUUUAGUCUGGAAACCACAACCCUGCAUGUCACUGUGUUCCUGGUAAAAUGUUUCAGCCGUAACUAACACCGGCCGGUACAUCGUGCUUGGAUGUAAAUACCACCAAUACCCUCAUUGUUUGGCAGUAUCUGCUACCGAUACCAAUAUUGGUGGAUCGUAAGAGAAAAAACAAAACUCUGGUUCUUUUCUUCUUCGAUACACAGAAGUGGUCUGCUUCCUCUGGAUUCAGCUUUUAUGGAAGCAAAUCUGUACCAUAAUUCAAGUUAAAAUGGAUUUUUUAAAAUCCUUUAUUCUCAGAAUACAGCCGCAUUCUCUGACUCAUAAAUAAAAUUAAUAAUAAAGCAUCCAAACUGCCUUUUCAUUUUCUUCUUCAACACUCAUUCUGUGACUUAAUUAUAUUGAUGAUGAAAAAGAUAUUGCUUUUUUCCAUUUUCGUGCAUAUUUGAUGUUGGAGAGAGAGAGGAAAAGUGAUGCGGGAUGUGACACGUAGAGGUUCAGACAUUU